AUGAAAGAAAGUUCAGACAAACUUUAUUCUAUCAAUCAAAAAUUACAAUCACAAGUUUCUUUCAACGAACAUCGAUAUGCCGAACAAAGUUCAUUCAUCGAAGAUCUUAAAUAUCGUGUUAUUUCACUUGAAGAAUCAAUCAACAGAUCUAAACAACUUGAAUCUAUUGUUUGUGAACGCGAUUCAACAAUUUCAACAUUACGUGAUCAACUAUCGAAAAGCGAAAAUAAAUGUCAAUCUAUCACAGAUGCAUUACAACAUGCACAAGAACAAUUAGAAACAUCACGUGUAUAUGACAAAGAAAUUGAAACACUUCGUUCACAACAUAAUUCAUUAUUGAAACGAGCCGAAGAAGCAGAACAAUGUUUGAGACGAUAUGAAGAAGAACUUCAAUAUAAGAAAGAAGAAUAUACACAAUCUAUGAUUAAACAAAGUUCCACUAUUGAAGAAUUACAAAAUCAACUUAUUUCUAGUCAUCGCGAUUUUGAUCUUGCUAUUGAACGUCAAAAGAAGUCAGCAUCAGAAGCAGAAGAAGCACGAAUAUUUGCCGAAGACCUUGAACGAUCAUUCAAUAAUUUACAACGCACAGUUCUUCGAAUUCAAGACAAAAUUUCUUCACACAAUUCACCAAAUCCAUCUCCAUCCAAAAGAGUUUCAUUCCCUGGAACAUCACUAUCAUUAUCAACAUAUUCUGAUUCUGAUUCCAAUCCUCAAGAAAAUUAA